GUGUGUGUGUGUGUGUGUGUGUGUGCGCGGGGCGGCGGGCGCUGCGGCCGGCGGGCCCCGGCGCUGCUGAGCGAGAGAAAUGUGAGCCGGCUGCACCACUGCGGCGGCACUGCGGGCGCCGGGAGGCAGCGGAGCGGGAGCGCGCAGGCAGCGCCCGCGCCCGCCGAGCCCCGCGGGACAGCGCGGACGGAGCCUGCCCGCCUGCCUGCACCUGCCGGAGGGGGAUAGGGGGGUGCCCAAGCCGCAGCCCCCCCCCCAGGCAGCCAGCCUGCGCUGUCGGCCGGGGAGUGUUGCAUCAGCCCCGCGCGGAGCGGGGGCUCCGCGGCCGGAGGAGGCGGCGGGCGAACAGGGGGAGGGAGAGCGGAGCCGCGGGGCGGGCGGAAGGUGCCUCCCCGGCGGUGGCGCUACCUGCCGCCUCCCCCCGGCAUCUGGUCCCCGCGGAGCAUCCGGAGACAGAGGAGCCGGCGGGAGCCCGGCGCCGCCAGCCCUGCCUUUGUGCCCGCUUGCCCUCCCCGCGACGCCGGAGAAGCUGCUGGAGGAGGCGGCGGGGCCGUGGGAAGCGGGACCGGGAGCCGCGGCCCGGCCGGGAGCGGCGGUGGAGAGCCGCCAGCAUCUUCGGGGAGCCGGCACUCUGCACGGGCAGCGCCUGCAUCCCUCUGCCUUUCAGAUAACCUUUAGCCGCUCGGGCCUCCAAACCUCUGCCGGGGACGGAGCGGGGGUCUGGAGGCUGAACCGGGGACACGGCCGCACCGGGUGCCCGCGGCCGAGGCACGACGGGCCAGUGCAGCGAGCACGAAGCUGAGCUGGGGACAGAGGUGCCAGGGACGGCGGGGACAAGGCGCGUGGCAGCCCCGGCACCAGCCAAGGUGAGCUGCCCUCCGGCGUGGGAUGCUCCCUGAGCCCCUGCCCCACGAGAGCUGCCGGUGAGUGGGAGAGCCAGGAAGUCAGAGCAAAGGAAUUUGCAAACACAUUCUUCAGCGCCACGAGGAUCCCACAGCACGUAAACAGGAAUAAAGGCCGGGCGGAGGCGGGGGCCGGGGCGAAGUGGGGGCUGCCCCUGGUUUCUGUGGGACUCCCCCAGACUCACCUGCCCCAGGCAGCUCCUGGCACCACAGUCCUCAAUUUACCGUUCCCAACUGCAGCUGAUCCAGCGCGGGAAGUACCAGUGAAGGCGAAGGGGGGGGCUGCCGAGUGACGGCCAAUGUCACGUUAACAUCCCGGUGAGGCGCUGCGGGGAGCCGACACUUUGAUCAUCCGCCCAAGAGCAUCCUCCAAGGCGGGCAGGAUGCCGCUGUGAGCCCUGCCUUCCCCAGCCUCGCACCUGCCGCCCUCGGGGCUGGCCGGAGAAGAGGGGUGCGGGGCCCGUUGGCGCUGCUCCAUCUCCCCAGGAUGCUCUCCCACGCCAGCGGCUGCUCCCCGUGCUCCUGCUCCGCGGCCAGACCGAGGUUGAAAGCUCAGCAGGCUGCUGGCAUGUUUUAGCCUCAUGCAGGCGUCCCUUGAAGACCCCAGAGCAGUGGACAGUAAUGUGAAAACGAUACUCAUGUCGUGUCUGAAAGGGCAACAGGUCAUCAUUAAAAUGGAGGCGAUGAAAAUCAUCCACCCGGAGAAGUUUUCAGAGCUGCAGGCCUCACAGCCACGCUAUACGCCAGCCCCACGUCGCGAGCCGCCGCUCGUGGCCAAGCGUGCGUGGCCCUCCGAGUCCGAGAUCAUCGUCAACCAGGCGUGCGGGGACAUCCCUGCCCUGGAUGCCACCCCCGGCCCCCUGCCGCUGCCCCGGACUCCCCCCCUGCCGCGGCGAGAGCGUGGGUACCAGAGCCAGCGGAAGGGCAGCUCGGAGGUUUGCUACCACCGGCAGCCGCCGUCAGACGAGGUGAUCGUCAACCAGUACGUGUUGCACCCCUCGACACCCUGCGAGCCCCUCGAGUGCCCCACCUGCGGCCACAUGUACAACUUCACCAACAAGCGGCCCCGCAUCCUCUCCUGCCUGCACUCGGUGUGCGAGGAGUGCCUGCAGAUCCUCUACGAGUCCUGCCCCAAGUACAAGUUCAUCUCCUGCCCCACCUGCAAGCGGGAGACCGUCCUCUUCACCGACUACGGGCUGGCGGCGCUGGCCGUCAACACCAGUAUCCUCAACAGACUGCCGGCUGAGGCCCUGGCUGCCAACCCCGUCCAGUGGAGCAGCGACACCGACCGCAGCUGCUACCAGACCUUUCGCCAGUACUGUGGGGCUGCCUGCACCUGCCACAUCCGAAACCCGCUGUCUUCCUGCACCAUCAUGUGAGCCCCGCGCCCCUGCCCGUACCUCCCGGCAGCGGGGCGGCUGGUGGGUGGGAGAGAGGACGUCGCAGCACUGCGGCCGGUCCCUGGUCCCGUCUUGGCCGAUGGCACAGCCCGGGGAUGUUCCACUUCUCGCUGCAGCCAAGGACGUGGGGGACCAGCGUCCUUGCCGACACUGGUGGGGGGCGAUGGGGAUGCUGGGACCUGGCGGCGGCCCCCUACACCCCGGUGGUGCCUGGGGAGAGGGACAUUGGGAUGGGUAGCAUGUCCACCAGCGCAUCCAGGGGCCCCAGCUCCCCCCAUCCUGUGGCGGGUGCCCCUGCUGCGCAUUGAGCAUCCCGCCGUGCCCCUUCCCUGAGCACUUUCUCCCUCCUCUCUCCCUGCGGCUCCCGAGAGUGGACACUGGGUCCCGAACAGAGCGACACCCUCCCCAUUGCCCGGCAGCAGCGGCACAAGGAGCCCUGGAGGUGCAUGAUGCCGCAGCGGGUCGCGUGCCCGGCACGGGAGGUGAGGACAGGUCCCCAGCUGCCCCCCCCGCCUUCUCUGUAAGUUAUUUGCCAAAGCUUUCAUCUCAGUGGCCAAGCUGCCACGCGCCCGAGUUGUUGUAGCCACGCCAAGCCGCCACACCAGCCCCUCGGUUGCGAGCAGACACGCGGCCCGUUUCCUCCGCAGGCCCUUGAGGAAAGCUCCACUUUAUCCUCGUUUUGGAGGAUUCUUGUUUUUUCCCCAUCCAUCCCCGGCCGCCCCAUCCCAGGCCGCUACGCGUUCACAAAGGCAUUGAGCUGUGCCCGUUCUCUGCCACUCCACCUGGCGCCCCACACCGAUGCCCCAUGGGAUGGCUCGAGGGGGUGGUGCGGGGUCCGGUACUCGAGGGGGUUCGGCUGGGCAGGGGGGCAGAGGUCUGGCUCCUGCCCACAGUCCCUUCCCCGGAGCAGCACCUCUGCUCUGACCCCUGUGUGGAGGGGCUGGCAGGGCAGCAGCCCCCUGUGCACAGUUGCUUUCUCCAGGGCACCUGGAGGGAUGUUUGCUGCCAAAAAAGCAAAAAAAUAAACCUAAAAAAAUAAAGAAAAAGCCAUAAUUUGCGGGUGCUCCUGUGGGGCUGAGCAGCACAACCCGGCACAGCCGCAGCACCGGGGGCCUGCAGUGCCCAGUCCCAGGGCACCGGGGCUGGGCGAGCCAGAGGGGCCCUGCAGAGCCCCACACCCUGGCUCUUCUGGAGGGAAGAGCAGCCCCUGGCACUGGCCGAAGCCCAGCAUCCACCCAGGGAGAGGGGCCAUACCGACCCCCUGCCCGCCCCGAGGGAGCAGGCGAUGCUGCUGGCACAGCCCCGGGUACCACCCCGCUGCCAGUGGAGAACGGGGGCCGAUAUCGUUUCUGUGUUGCUCUGCCAAUGCCUCCCGCUGCUGGUUGUGACAAUGAUCAUGUUUUAUACCCGGCCUUGUUCUAACCCCAUCAGUCUCCCCAAUAAAGAUUAUAUUGGAAC